AUGCGCUCUUCAGUCACUUCCGCUCUUCUACUCUCUGCCGCCACUGGCGGUGCUCAUGCCGCUGGUUGGCAGGGCCAGUACAAGUUUGGAAACAUGUUCUACACCGGACCUACCAAGAAUGGCGUCACCAUCACCAAGGCUACAUACUCGUUGGUUCCGCCGUCUGUCCCUUGCGGCUACGCUACCACCGGCGGCAACGAAGAACUCGCCUUCUGGAUCGGCAUUCAGGACGACCCUACCGGCAAGGACGUCGCGCAGGAGAGUUUCGUUCAGCCGCUGCUGAACUGGGCGCCGGAUCAGCGGGCGACUGGCUGCGAGACGGACAACAACCAGUGGUGCGUUGCUGCGAGCACCUACACGCCUUCUGGUCAAAUUGGACAGCCCUAUCUGCCUAUUGAAAAUGGUAUCCAGCUCGACUUUGAGCUCGUGGCCGGCUCCGAGGUCAAGCAGACCAUCUCCUCCGGUGGCAAGGUCAUCUCGACACAGACCAAUGCGGCUGGCAUGAAGCCCGCCGUGUUUUACGGAGCCAACGAAUGCUAUCUGCAGUCUUGCGGUACCCUUCAAGGCUACACUUGGGAGAACAUCACCGUGCACCUGUCUGCGGCUGACCCGAACUACGGCAACACCCUCUCGCUCACUAGUGCCACUAGUGACGGCUUUGAGACUGCUGAUGGUGGCAAGACUUGGACCAACGCUGGAAUCACGAUCCAGAAGGACUAUCUGUACUCAGAUGACCAGAACCACGAGUGCAACUAG